CAAGUUCAAAAAAAGACAACACAUCGAUUGUUCUGCGGUUUGCAACACGAUGGGUGUAAGACUGCUCGGCCGCUAUACAGUUGUCCCUCGGGACCUGUUUCGGAUAAGCGCCGGAUCACUGACCAAACUGCGUGACAAAUCGUUGCGGCCUGGGGCUCCUUCUUGGGAUGUUAUGACCAUCGAUGGAAAGGUUCAACCACUGGGAAUGACCAGUGACUGGUAUCAAAGGCCCAAUGGUGCAUCUUUGCGACCGAAUACGAAAACUCAGCAAUCCCUGGUACGCAGCUUUCGGGCUCCUGUAGUAUUGAUAUACCAUAUUCUUCAAGGCACAACUCUCCCUGAGGAUCUCAUUCUCAUACAUGAGCGAGGCGAACAUUAUUCUUUACAAGCCAGUCGUGAAAUGACCUUGGACGAACUAAAUUCGGAAGUUACUUCCUUUUUGAAUGACGAGGCCAUCCGCAUGACUAAAAAAGAAUGGCAUGCCAAAUUUCCUACCAGGACGGACCAGUAAGAGGAGAGAGAGACGACAUGGUUGCGGAAGUGUAGCAUCUUUCAUCUCUCAUCUCCUGCAUCCUCUCCAUGGAGGCAUCUGCCACUAUUCAGUGGCCUCGGGGUAUUGCUUCUGCCAAUCCUCCUUUGUCAAGGCACUCGCCUGACUAGGAUAGAAUGCAGUGAGUUUGGCGUUCAAUUCUACCCACAUUAGCUUCCGUGACUUUUCGGGAGCUCGGCCAUGCCCACCCGGCAAGGUCAUCUCGACCUUGGGUUGCAAGGAGUAUUGUCCACCAAAUUCGUGGACGAGAACAAGGUCUUCUGGGAGAUAUGAUCAGUCACUGGCUCGUCCCACCUGAAAACGGCCGAUAUUGUCGACUGCUUCAGUCAACACUCUAUUAGAGACCCUGGUAAGAACCCUAUGAACCAAUACUCUGCCUACCACGGAAGCGACGCGUGCAACUGCACGUAGAUCUGUGUCACCUUAGAGCUCAGUCCAAAUAUGGGGCUCUUCAUCAGGAGUGGCAUCGGCGAAAGCAUUCUUCUGAUACCAGUCCCCAGCAUCAAUAAUUGUUGCAUAGGCACUGUAGAAUUCGUCAAGGCAUUCGUUCAGCUCUGGACUGGGUUGUCAGCGCCCAAAUGCAUCGUAAUUGCGAAUGGAUAGGGGGAAGAUUCUGACCGGCCAACCUCCGAGGAGGGAUGGGUUGUAGCGCGAAUUGCGAGUCUUGUUGAAGGAGUUGAAGUGACUCUGGAACCAUGGUCCCUAAGUGUUGUGAGCGAUCCAAACCCGUAUCUUGCUGAUUUUACUCUUCUUGCUUUACCUUUAGCCAAUCGAACAAGAACGGGCUUGCACGAUUCGUCUUGUUCAAAAUAAGCAUCGA